ACGUGGUCAGCUGAUCUGUGACAUUUGAGCUACAGCAAUCCUUGCUGUAGAUUUGAGGGCAAUGAGUUUUGGUUUUGGUUUACAGUGCACAUACUCAUCAGUGGACACUACAAGAGUGUCAAAGUUUACGGAGAAAUUCAACAGAGACAUGGCAUCAGCACAGUACGAUGACAAACCUCAGCCUGGCGACUUAAUAGAGAUCUUCAGAGGAGCCUACGAGCACUGGGCCAUAUAUGUCGGCAAUGGCUAUGUAGUUCAUUUGGCACCAUUAUCUGAAGUCCCAGGUGCAGGUGUGAACAGCAUGAUGUCCGUUCUGGCGGACACCGCCAUUGUGAAGAAGGAGGAGCUGUGGAAAGUGGUGGGUGACAACCGCUGGAGGAUCAACAACUUGCUGGACUCAAAGUAUGAGCCCCGUCCCGUCUACUCGAUCGUGAUGGACGCCCUCGAACUGGUGGGCGAGGAGCUGGCAUACUGCGUUCUCCGAAACAAUUGUGAGCAUUUUGCCACUCACCUGCGUUACGGCAAGCCCAGAUCCCGGCAGGUGCGUCAAGUGGGAGAAACUGCUCUGGGUGUAGCCACAGUGACCCUGGGUGUUGUAGGCAUAGCAGCUCUGUUGACAACACUGCUCGGAGGCAACAAGGACAAGCACAAAGAGUAACACAAAACAGAAAGGAUCCUUGAAUUCAGCGAUUCACCAGCAAGGCUGCACACAUAUUGUUAACCAGAGUCAUCAACCAGGUAGCCCUCAACGAUGAUAUGAAUGUUCUUUUGGGAAUAAUGAUUAAUCAUAAUAUGAUCAACGGUAAUGGGAGCACGUGUCACACUAAUAGUCCUUUGCACUAAACAGUAGCCAAGUAUCUCACAGUUUCAAAAAGGUUGGUAACCCCUGCUGUAUAACCAACCAGUCUAAAAAAAAAACAAUGGGAAAGAAAGCACACUUAUAUUUGCACACCUUGUGAAUGAGAGUGUUUUUGCAAUAAAUAGAGAGAUUAUUAGUUUUGUGUUUAGUUUGAUAAGAAUUUGUAACAUUUAUCUGUAACUCGUUUUGGAAUAUUUUUUUUUCUCAGAUCCAUGAUUUGUAUGUAUACAGUUCCAAGUGUCUAAAUCUGGUGAAAUAAAUUUUCUAAAUUUA